UUUGUAUUCGCGUGGCCUUUGGGAAUAGCAAAUUGGCCUGUGUCAUGUUGUGACAUAGCAUUUUAGGUUGAGACUGGAGGGAAGGAAUGAAUGAUAGGCUAGAUUUAUUGAGUUAUUUCAAUUCGUUCGCAAAAAUGAAACGAUAGGCUACACACAGAAAAGACAGUUGCUGCUUCUUUACUACAAUGACACAAACAGCCCUAAAGUCGUUUAUGUUUUUGCCUCGGGGCCGUCUACCGGUAUAUUCCAGGAAAAUUCUAUCUUCAUUUUCCAGUCCACCAUCAAAAGGAAAAAGAAGCAUGGCACACUCAUCAGUUCCACAUAUUCCUACUCCGAUUCAACUAUGUCGCUUCAUGCAACCUGGUGAUGCAAAUAUUUCUGGAAAUGUCCAUGGUGGUACAAUACUAAAAAUGAUUGAGGAAGCUGGAAUGAUUGCCAGUACAAGAUUCUGUAAUCAGGAUAAUGAUAAGGAUGACACUGGUGUACUUUGUGUCCUUGCCAGGGUUGAACGAACAGAUUUUUGUUUACCUAUGUACGUAGGAGAAGUUGCACAUCUUCAUGGUGAAGUAACUUUCACAUCGAAGCAUUCUCUUGAAGUACAGAUGUCGGUUUGGGGGGAAAAUGUGAUGAAGAAUACAAAGCGACUAACGAAUAAAGCAACAUUAUGGUAUGUGCCAAUGACAGGCUCAAACACUAUACAUCAAGGGGGUGUGCCUGAGCUUCAAUAUAUAUCAGAAGCAAUGAAAGAAGCUGCUUUAAUGCGUUAUCAAAAACAAAAAGAAGAACGCGCCACUGUGAAUGAUGUAAACUUACACACAGAUUUUUCUACACCUGCUGUUCAACCAGAGCUGGCAGAAGCUGGUACAGUUGCUCAUGCACAGUCGUCUCUUAUACAUCUAGUUAAUGUAAAUGAUUGCGGAAUACAUGGCAAAGUAACAGGAGGUACUACUAUGAAAAUGAUGGAUGAAGCGGCAGGAAUUUGUGCCGCUAGACACUGUCAUACAAAUGUUGUGACAGCUUCCAUGGAUGCUACAAAUUUCCAUCGCCCUAUUGGCAAAGGAUGCGUAAUGCACCUCAAAUCUAGACCGAUAUUCACAAGCAACAAAUCAAUUGAAAUUGAAGUAGUUGUUGAUGUUGAGCAAGUUCGUUUAGUAGAUGCUUCUACUCAGGUUCAAUGGUACAGAGCAUGCAGUGCAUUUUUUACUUUUGUUUCUUUAGAUGCAAAUCAUAGGCCACUACCUAUACCGUCUCUUAUUCGUAAAACACCUGCGGAAGAGGAACGUUUCAGGGCUGGUGAAGCACGUUAUCAGAACAGAAAGUCACUUCGCAAUAAAAUGUAACAAGACAAAUAGUAUUAUGAACAGUAUUAGAAAACGAAAAAUAGUGAACUUUAUUUAUUUAAAUUGUGUUCUCAACUCAAGUCAACUAACUAUCCUUUUUAAAUUUUCUUUUCUGUGAUUCAUUUUGGCUUCAAAUUUUAUAGAAUUUGUUCGUUAAGCUACAGAAUCUUGACAUCUUAACAAUUGCAUGAAUUUUUGAGUGGUUUUAAAUCUUUUGGGCUUAUUUGUAUGAUUUAUGAAAAUUAUUUAAAAAUGUGCAAGGGGGCAUUUCCGGACUAAUUCUAAAUAGUUGGCAUAUCAGUGGAAUAAUAUAGAGAUGAUAUAUGUAGUACAAAGAUUAUAUGACACUUUCUUAUUGUCUGAUACAAUUCCUGUGCAGUCAAAGUGGAUUUGACGAGUUUCCACUGUUUUGAAUGCUUCAAUUUUUGCAAUGCUUCUAAUUUGUUUGUUUACAUUCAUAUAUCAUUUUAAUUGAGAUAAUUUCAAUGCUAUCUAAAAUCUUAUUUUUGUUACUGCCUUUUAUGCUUAUAAAAAGGAUCUUCUGUGUAGAAGUCUUUAAUAAAAAAAAUAUCAAUGUU